UGUCAUCUGGUCACACACACACACAGAGACACACACUCAUCUGGUCCAUCUUUCAUCAGCUGCACCUGUGGAUACACUUUCUCCUCCUGCUGAGCUGGCCUGUUUCAGGAGCCAGGCCUCUGCCAAGGGAAGGAUCUACUGUAAACCCUCUUAGUUUGUUUUUUUUAUUCGGAGGGUGAACGGACGGUGUGCGUUAGUUUGUUGUUCAUUUAGGGCGUGCGUUAGUUAGUGUGUAUUCAGAGGGGGAGUAACGGACGGCGUGCGUUAGUUUGUGUGUAUUCAGAGGAGUAACGGACACUGUGCGUUCAGUCGCGGGGGGCCUUGAGUGAAGGGAGCUUGGUUGGCUGUGUAUUGGGCCGUGGGGACUAUGGUGCAUCUCUUCUGAGCUGGAGAGAGUUGGAGAGAGAUGGAUACCCGGUCUCUCGCUGUUUACAUCAUCAUCACGGUCACCUGCCUCCUCUUCCAGGCUGUACCAGGCCAGAGUGAGUGGGCACCAGACAGCGUUGAGGUGGAGAUAUGGGAGGGGGAUGUGAUGGUGCACUGGAGGACACCAUGGGAGGAGGUUCCAGCCAACGCCACCUACCAGGUGCAAGUACGCAGGCCGGGUAGUGACAGAUAUGAACUUGUCGAGUCUUGUGACAGUUCCCUGACCCAGUGUGACAUCAGCCACCUGAUGUCCAACUACACGUCUCGCUACUGGGUCUGGGUCGUGCUGCUCUCACUGCAGGGCGAAGAACUCUGGUCCAAGAAGAAACCCUUUACAAUGACUGAGAGUCGUCUUCGCUCUCCCGUCCUCCAUGUUGAGGCCCAUACAGGAUCAGUCAGUGUGGAAGUCCACAGCAAGCCGGAGCUACUGACGGUCUUCAGGUAUCCGAUCAAAUAUACCAUCUCCCUACGGCAAGCAGGACAGGACAAUAAGACCCUGCUGCAGAGGGUGAUCGAACGCGAUGGGAAGUGUGACAGUGAGCUGGAGUUCAAGUUUGACGAGCUGGACUGGGGUAGAGAGUACUGUGUCAACGUGACUGUAGAGUACUCUUCAGGGCCCACCAGCAACUACACGGAGUACUGCAUCUACUUACACCCAGACCAGUUCACCGUUGCCACCCUCGUCCUCAUCUCGGCGUUUGCAUGCGUUGCGGUUUUGAUACCGGCCGGAAUAUGUCUCUUCCUCUGCCGACCCGCUAAAACACCUAAUACACUGAAACCUCUGGAGACCAAGUGGAGUCCCCUGAGCGUGUCGCCGGCUGCCGUGGAGGUGGUGAUGUCUCACGGCUGGUUCCUCUCCCGCGGGGGAGGCGGCGGCAGCAGCACCAGCAGCACCUCCUUCCGCUCCCCACAGACCAUGCAGGAGGUGUCGGAGGACAAGAGGGCCAUCCUGGAGGAGGAGCAGAGGAGGGUCAGCCUGGACAGCGGGGUCAACAUGGUGGGCGGAUCCGGCGAUGGAGGAGGAGGAGGAGGUGGAGGAGGAGGAGGCGAUGAUGUGGAGGGCCCAGUGGAGGACAGCGGCUGCGGCAGCAUGGGGAGCUCGGCGGAGAGCGAGAGCGAGAGCAACCACAGGGGGCUGAGUGUCGGCGCCACACUGCCCCUAGAGGACCGGAGGAGGAGUAAUAUAAACGGACAUAGAGUUGCACGGGCCGAGGACAGCGGCCUUGGACUUGGACUGGGGUUCGCCAACGACAGCACCGCCGGCAGUUCGGACGGGUCGGACUGCAGCUCCAUACCCGAUGCGGAGAUUAUGUGCGCCGCGGGGGAUGGAUACCGCAGUCAGAGCCCUGCGUCCGUGGUGGUGGAAAUCGGCAACGCUGAUGACGCACCGCCAAUGACACUGACACACACACUGACACAGACACAGACAGCUAUUGCACCACUGACACAGAAACAGACUGCCUUUGCACCAGAGACACACACACACACACUGACACAGACACAGACACUGACACAGACAGCUAUUGCACCACUGACACAGAAACAGACUGCCUUUGCACCAGAGACUCACUUUGACAUGGCCGCUCCCAUGGUUGGGUACAGGCCCAGCCAGAUGGCUCUGCCGUACGGUCAAGCUCCUAUGGAGCCAGCCACACUGCAGCAGGAGGAGGAGGACCUACAUGUCCCCAGCUACCUGAGGAAGGCCCAAGCCAUGGUGGUGGAAGUGGAGGUGGAGGCCCCAGGCAGCGUGGCGAUGCCGGACAUCUUGUCUCUCCCUCUCCCUCUCCCUCGUCAGUGCUCACAGACUGCGUGGACUCUGCCCCAGCUCUUGAUGGAUGAGACGGGGGCGCAGGGAGGUGGGGGACUUGGCACUCUUCCGCUAUCGCUCGGAGACUUGGAGCUGACUUUUGGCUAGCUUCCUGCUUUUGGUUUUAGAGUUGGAGGUCCGCACACUUGAAAUCCUUUUUUUUUGGUCAAAGAUGAAAGAUCAGAAGACACCGCACACUGGCUACUGUUCCUUUUUCUUAUGUGAUCAUGUGGCACUUUAGGCAAAGAGCAAACCUGAUAACGCACUGGGGGAAAUAUAUUGUGCAAGAAGAGUAAGCAAUGUGCAUUGUCUGUUGAACUUUAUCUUUCAUCACUUUCUCCUGCCUCACACCUGCGCCUGUAUUAAGGAAGGCCAGUGUUGCCAGAUUGGGCGGGUGCCCGCCCAAUUGGGCUACUUUGGAUGAGCGUCUGCGGGUAAAAAUCGGAAAAAUUGGCCAUUUGGCGUUUUUUUUCAGCCGUUUUGGGCCCAUAGAAGUCAAUGUAAUUUGUUGAAUUUGGGCGGAAUUUAGCGCAUUUUGGCGGUUUUUGAGAAGCUUUUGGGCGGGAUUUGGUCAGACACAUCUGGCAACACUGCUGAAGGCUUGUGCACAAGGACUCCUAUUUGAGUGUUUUAUUGUAUGGAAGAAUAAUGUUUCGAUCAUCUUCAGAUUCUCUACAGAAUCGCCUUUGUCCCGCACCUUACCCUGGGAUGUGCACAACCCAACUAGCAUCCUGCUAUUCACAAAGCUAGGGGGUACUCUUCCACUAGCAUCCUGCUUUUCACAAAGCUAGGAAGUACUCUUCCACUGUGAUGCUGUUUUUUUGUAUUUUUUGAAAAAAUGUUUAAGAUCUCUGUCUGUUCUUAUAACUGACAAUGGGUUAAGGCCCGUCAUUUUAAAGGCUUGCUGCACAGCCAUUGCUUUUUGCACUUUACAUGAAGCAGACCUCUGUCUGCAUAUCAGAGACAUCAGGGUGAGCAGAGGGCUUAUAGAGCAGAGGGCUUAUAGCACACGUGUGGGUGGCCGUUAAGGGUGAAAAAAACCCCACAAAAAACAACAACGUAGCGUUUCCUUUUCCUGAAGCUAUGGGGGCUGUUCGAGGAAGAUAGAGCUGCGCUGUGGUGUGUGGUUGGCCUUCACUGCACAUGUGCACUGCACAGACCCACCGCCAAGUAGAGAAUGUUAUAUAUAUAUAUACUACGUAUGUACUAAAACUCAACUGUGACAUUGCUUAGCCAUCUGAGGAUGACAAUAGCUACAUAAGUCAUGCAGCUGAACUGAAGGCAGCUGAAUGACAGAUUAAAGUUUGAAUGCUCAGGCUACAGCAGGCGCUGCAUAUACCGUAUGUGCAGACAGUUUAAAGGGACACUGUGUCAGAUUUUUAGUUGUUUAUUUCCAGAAUUCAUGCUGCCCAUUCACUAAUGUUACCUUUUUCAUGGAUACUUACCACCACCAUCAAAUUCUAAGUAUUCAUUAUGACUGGAAAAAUUGCACUUUUCAUACAUGAAAAGGGGGAUCUUCUCCAUGGUCCGUCAUUUUGAAUUUCCAGAAAUAGCCAUUUUUAGAAGUAAAAUUGACUGUACUUGGGCCAUACUGGAAAAUAUUAGUCUAUUACUUAGUGUACUUUCAUGAAAAGAUCAAAUUUGGCAAUAGGCAACCCAGUUUCAAUGAGCAGCAUAGUUGCAGUACCUUUUUCGACCAUUUCCUGCACAGUGUCCCUUUAAGUCGUCCUGCUGAAGAAAUAAUGCAUUCAGGCUUGCGACUGUUUCUGUGUGAUGCUGUUUGUUUGUUUUUGAAUACAUGUGUACAUAUUGUGAAUGUUUAUUUAUUGAAAUAACAACCUUGUUGUUUACUUUUCCGUUAUACUUCAUGUACUAUAAU